GUGAGCGUGGAGGUGGCGGCGGCCGCGGAGCGCGGCGGGACCCGGUGCGGGCUGCCCGCCGGCGGGGCCGCGCCAUGGGGCGGCGGGGCCGGCACCGGGACGCCUGAGCUGCCACCGGACCGCGGGAUCCGCCGCCGCCGCCGCUGCUGCUGCCGCUGCCGCCCGGAGCCUGGGGUAAGCCCGACGGGAUCGCGGAGCUUCUCCGCUAGUGAGCGGAGUGGGGAUGCUCCGGUGGGGUGGGAUGCUGCGUCGGACGGUGAGGAUGGGUGGGAGAUGUCCCCGCCCCGCUGGGUGGCUCGGUGACCUUGGGUGAGCUGUCCCGGAGAGGACGAGGGGAGACGGGAGGCUGUGUCCCGCGGUUGGUCCCCGCGUUGGGUUGCGGGGCUGCCCUCGGCUGGGUAGAGCGGGAGCUGCGGGUGCACCGCUGCGCUGCUCCGGGGAGGCAGCCAGCUAAGGUGCCGAACUGUGUGCCCUGCUGAGAACAUCUGGAGCAACAGCUGGCCCUCAGCGGGACGGGAAGGCUCCCAGCCCGGUGCCGCAGCGCGGAGCGAGGAGCGGGUAAGCCGAUGCCAGCAGCCCGCUUCGCUCCGCUCACCGCUAGCUUUCAUCAUUUCCAAAGGAGCCCAAACUCCGGCCGGACUCGAGAGCGGCAGCUCUCCGCGCAUCGCUGCGCCUCCCGCCCCGCUCCUUGCCGGGAGCCCCGCGCUUGGUCCCAAAACGCAGCUCUGGGGCACGGGCUGGGGGUGCCGGGCUGCCCCCUCCGUGGCGCCGGAGGCGCGGGACCUGCCGGCAGGUGUCAGUGUGCCCCCUCCGUGCGCAGCCGUGCGGUCUGCACCGGGCAGCCCCCCGCGCUGUGCCCCGGCUGGGAUCGGGGGGCUGCUGAGCCCCGGAGAGCGGGAGGCUGGCCCUACACCCCCUGCUCCUGAUGCUGCCCACUCGGGUGAAGCCACUUCACGCUGUGCUCGCUCAGACAGUAGGAGGGGAUGCCGCUGUGUGCGUGAGCACCCCCCCUCCUCCUCCCGGGAGCUGACUUCGGGGAUGCUCGGGGCUGGGAGCUCGGCCCCGGGCAGGGGAAGCAGCCGCCGUGCUGGGGGAGCUGGAUUGGGCACGCUGCUCUUUCAAGAGGGUUUCUGCCCGUGGAUUUGGAAGUCUCUGGUGAGCGAAGCCAGAGGGCACAACACAUGGCACUGGUGUGACACAGAACGCGCAGCUGCCGUCUCCCUCGACCGCAGCCCGGGCUUCAUCUCAUUUGAUGUCUUAUGCAAAUCCUGAGCUCCCCGAGUCCUGGGAUUUUCUGACAUUUUCCUUUACUCACAUCUUAAAGUUCCUUGCUCUAAGAAAAGCUAAUAAAAGGAACCCAAAUCAUAAUGUCUUGCAGGUUUUUAAACCAGUCUCAAGGGCCGGGGGAGAGGCAGUGACUUACUGAAGUCAUUUAGCAAGAAUCAGCUCGGGGCCGUGGUGGGGAUCACCAACACUGCUGCUCAGGCAGGGACAGCGGGCUCAGAAGUGGCUGUCCCUGUGCCCGGGAUUCAGGUCCUGUGUGGCCCUGGGUGGACACAGAGCGGGUCUGACCCCACAGCACUGCAAAUAGCAUCGGCACUCACAGCUGAGCCCAUCUGCUCCAGGCACUUAGCCUCUGCCCAGCCUCUCUAAGUGGCCUUAAUUUGAUAAAUCUUUCUCACAUUUAAUAAGAAGGUGACUCGGUUAGAGUUUCAUCCCCGCUAAAAGGCAUCGGCAGGAGCUCGAGGCAAGCCCUCUCCUAUUGCUCCCGCAUGGAUGCACCUCGGCUGGCCCUGGCCCCAGGGAUGCUGGAGCAGGAUGUCACCCGUCUGCCAGCAUCAGCUACCUGGGGGCUCAGACACAUCCCCAGCCAACCCCCUUGUGAACGCUUCACGGCAUACAGGCGGCCGGAUCAGUUUCUGCAGCGUGAAAGGGCAGAAAUCAAUGUUAAUGUCCCUGACAAUUAGCUAAUGUCUUAAUUAUCGAACCCUGCUUGAUUAGUGGAGGAGCGUGUUGCUCCAGAGCUGCCUUGCUGGCGGCAUCCAAGCAGGCAGGACAUGGCUUGGCAGGGUGAUGCUGCUGCCGGGUCCUGCGGCUUGCCCAGCUGCUAACGAGGAGCCCAGCAUGCCCUCCUGCCCCUCGCUUUCUGGGUGAAGGCACCAAAAAGCAGAAGUGAUCCUAUUGCCAUCUCAGCGCUAAGGGCAGGAGGAAGCCUCAGAACAUACGGGGUUUUGCAACAAGCUAUUUUUCGAGAUGCAGCUCAUGGCAAUCCCAGCAAUGCAUGGGUUGUCUUCUGCAGGCAGCGGGGACACAGAGGGCUGCACCAGGACCAGGUAGAGCUGGCCAGGAAAUAGGCUGUGCUCCUGGGCACGUCUGCCGGGGACAUUUGUGCUGAAAUGCCUCUUCCUUCGUGUUAAGGUUUUUAUAGACAAGGGGGGAAAAAAUAAUUAGCAAGCUGGAAGUUUUCCAGCUUUUGCGAUGCAAAACCCUAAAUCAAAAAAAAAAAAAAAAAAAAGAAAUAUGAGUAGUCAGAUGCUUCUCAUCAAAUCUCCAUUCUUUUGGAUCAAGGAUAAGUGAUUAGAAAGUUAUUUCCAGCUUUAGUAGCGAGGUCAAUGGGGUUAUGUGCUACCAAAGAGCUGUGCUGUCCCCUGCUUCUGCAAGUACAGAUUUGCACUUACAUACUUAUUUUAUCCUACCCACCUCCAGUAUGAGCCAAUAGAGAAGGGUGGCUAAUGAGGGUGUGGGAUAGCGGGCCCUUCGUAUCAGCUUGGUUCCUUCAGCAUCACCAAGGCCAGCCAUCAACCUGACGCAGCAGGUCCCAGCACUAACCUAUGUCCCUUAGUGCCACGUCCACAGGGAUGAGGACUCUCCCACUGCUCUGGGCAGCCCAUCCCAAUGCUUGGUGACGGUCCCCGUGAAGAUAUUCUUCCUAAUGUCCAACUGAACCUCCCAUACAUAGGGAGCUCCCACCACAGCACAGCUUGAGGCCAUUUCCUCACAUUCUAUCUCUCAUAAGGCUUGUUUUCUAGCCCUUCACCAGCCUCGCUGCUCUUCUCUGAGUGCAUUCCAGCAGCAAAAUGUCCUUGUAACAAAAGUCCCCAAACUGAACAUCAGCACUGUCUACAAGGGUCGGUCACCUCCCUGGCUCUGCUGGCUGUGCUGCAGCCCACGGCAGCCCCUAGCCCACCUGUGCUCUGCCGGCACCUCCAUCGGGGUUAUUGCAGCUGACAGCUUUGGUUCCAAAUUGCCAGGGAGCAGGCUGAGAGCACGUCAUCAAAGCACACCCUUAAGGGUUUAAAAAUAGAAGAAAAGGGGGAAAAUAAUAACAAUGAGUAUUUAAGUGUGAUGAUUCAUCUGCCAAAGCCCUGGUUUAGGAGAGCGUGGGGCUGGUGCGUGCUUGGCAGGGACGAGCAUUGGGUGGCUCCUGCUAUGGAGAAUAAUGGGCAUAUCUUGGAAGCACUGUAAAUAUGGGGUCCCCAAAACCUUGUUCCCAUCGACCCCCAUCCCAUCCCAGAGCCUGCCUGCAGCUGCUGGCUUCUCCCAGAUCUUUACUGGCCUGGGGAUAAGGCACGAAGCUGGCACACAGGCAGGGUAAGCCCCAGCUCCGUCCGUUUGAAGUCUGGAGCCUUUGCUGGGCUCCAGAGAUAAGCCCGGGAGCCCUCCCUGCAUCCCUGCUGCCCUCCCCUCCGUGGCCCAGUUCCAUAUUUUUAUACCCAGCAUUUACAUCGGCUAAUGAAGAACGAGUCAGUUCUGACAUUCCUGCGAUGACUUUGAACUCCUCUCUGUUCAAAGCAGGUUUUUAGGCAACCAGCCCUUGCUGCAUGAGGCAAGAAUCCUCUCCCUGCUCUGGCCCAGCCCCUGCACCUUGCAGCUCCUUAUCACUAGCUUCCCCCCGGAGCACAGCAAAUGCAGGCUCUGACCCCAGGCUACUGCUUCCAGCAAACUUCCCGUGUUUUAAGAUGCUCAGUGCCAGAUGCUACAAGACCAGUAAGGUCUCGGUUCAAGAUAAAUGCUGGUUAUCUUCCAAACACUGAUGUGGCCAGCCCAGCUGGCUGCAGGGUAGACAAGCCCAUCCAACCACGUGGUGCAGGCUGCCCAAGGAGUUGGUGGAGUCACCAUCCCUGGAGGUGUUCAUGAAAUGUAUGGAUGUGGUACUGAGGGACAUGGCUUAGUGGGCAAUAUUGGUGGCAGGUGGACGGUUGGACUGGAGGAUCCUAGAGGUCUUUUCCAACCCUUAUGAUUCUAUCCGUCUGCACAUCCACUCAUCCACCAUCUCAGCCACUAACAUGGCACAAAGGGAAGCCUUGCACCAUGCCUACAGCUGGAGCAGUUAAUUUUUCCUGUGCCUUCAGGCCAUUUCUUUUUAACCAACCCAAGAAAAGCUAUGCAUGGUCAUGAUGGACACCUUCAAAAUGCUCCACAUCCAUUAACUCCUUCCCAGCUCUCCCUGGGAUCUUCAUAGAAGAAGAUCCAACUUCAACAUCCCAACUUCAUUUGAGUUGGAAGGGACUUUUAAAGGCCAUCUGCUCCAAAUCCCCUGCACUGAACAGGGACACCCACAGCUCCAUCAGGUGCUCAGAUCCUGUCCAGCCUGACCUUGGGGGUCUCCAGGCAUGGGACGCACACUGCAUCUCUGGGCAACCCGUGCCAGUGCCUCACCACUUUCAUCAUAAAAAAACAUUUUUUCUUUUAUCUGAUCAAAAUCUCCCCUCUUUUUGUUUGAAACCAUUUCUCCUUGUGCUAUCGCAAUAGACCAUGCUACAGAAUCUGUCCCCUUCUUUCUUGGAUGGCUCUCCAUCCUCUCCACGCCAGCCCCUGGUGACCUUAGAGCCGCAUGCAACUUUCACCCAUGUCACCUAGCACAAGGUUGCCCCGCACUCAUGAUCGACCUGUCGUGCGGUGCCAUUGCAGGGCAGGAUCCGUCCCCAAGGAGCGCGGCGGGGCGAGAGAAUGAAGGAUCCGGCCGGGCAGCAGCAGCAUGGGGCAGCAGAACCUGCGGCGUGCUGACGGGCUCCCGCCGAUGCUCCCGUGGCCCCUGGCCCUCCUGGCCCUGAGUGUGUGCUGCGGGGCGGGCGGCGUGGCCACCGAGCAGCAUGUCUCCGGCCCCGCAUCCCCCUCUUCCUCAUCAUCCUCCUCGUCUUCCUCCUCUGGCCGAGCGCCCCUCGACUGGCUCCUCACCGACCGGGGUCCCUUCUACCGAGCCCAGGAGUACGUGGAUUUCAUGGAGCGCUACCGGCAGGGUUUCACCACCAGGUACAGGAUCUACAGGGAGUUUGCACGCUGGAAGGUGAACAACCUGGCCUUGGAGAGGAAGGACUUCUUCAGCUUACCGCUGCCCCUCGCCCCUGAAUUCAUCCGCAACAUCCGUUUGCUGGGGCGCCGGCCCAGCCUGCAGCAGGUCACCGACAGCAUCAUCAAGAAAUAUGGGACACACUUCUUGCUGGCCGCCACGCUGGGAGGAGAGGAGUCCCUGACCAUUUUUGUGGAUAAGCGCAAGCUGAGCCACCGGGCAGAGCUGUCGGGGGCCGGGAACAGCUCAGCGGUGUCGCUGGAGACGCUGCACCAGCUGGCAGCCUCCUACUUCAUCGACCGCGAGAGCACGCUGCGUCGGCUGCACCACAUCCAGAUCGCCACGGCUGCCAUCAAGGUGACAGAAACACGGACGGGGCCACUGGGCUGCAGCAAUUACGACAACCUGGACUCGGUGAGCUCGGUGCUGGUGCAGAGCCCAGAGAACAAGGUGCAGCUGCAAGGGCUGCAGACGGUGCUUCCCCAUCACCUGAGAGAGCGUUUCGUGGCGGCCGCCCUGAGCUACAUCGCCUGCAGCUCAGUUGGGGAGCUGGUGUGCCGCCGGAGCGACUGCCACUGCCAAUGCCAGCCCACCUUCCCCCACUGCAACUGCCCUGAGGCCGACAUCCAGGCGCUUGAGGGCAACCUGGUACAACUCCAGCGUGCCUGGGACAACCACCACAGCCAGUUUGAGGAGUCAGAGGAGUUUCAGGCCCUGGUGAAGAGGCUCCCAGGGGACCGCUUCCUGAACAGGACAGCCAUCUCCCACUUCUGGGCCAUGGACCUGGACAUUCAACACCGCUACCAGCAGCUGGGCACCAGCCUGAAGCUGCUCUCCAGGAAAACCCACCACAUCAUCCGGAGGCUCUUCAACCUCAGCAAACGCUGCCACCGGCAACCCCGCUUCAAACUGCCAAAGGAGAGGCCACUUCAUUACUGGUGGGGCCGCGCUCAGUCGCUCCUCUACUGCGGUGAGACGACAGUGCCUGGAACCUUCCUGGAAGAAAGCCACAGCUGCACGUGCCCCUCGGAGCAGCCCUCCUGCCAAGGGGCCAUCCCGUGUGCCUUGGGUGAGGGGUCGGCCUGUGCCAGCUGCGCCGAGGACAACAGCACUCGCUGCGGGACCUGCAACCAUGGCUACGUGCUGGCCCAGGGCUUCUGCCGCCCGGAGGUGGCCGACUCACUGGAGCACUACCUGGGACUGGAGACGGACCUGCAGGACCUGGAGCUCAAGUACCUCCUGCAGAAACGGGACAGCCGCAUCGAGGUGCACUCCAUCUUCAUCAGCAAUGACAUGCGCCUGGGGAGCUGGUUUGACCCCUCCUGGAGGAAGCGCAUGCUCCUGACCCUGAAAAGCAACAAGUACAAGCCGGGCCUGGUUCACGUGAUGUUGGCCCUCUCCCUGCAGAUCUGCCUCACCAAGAACAGCACUCUGGAGCCCGUCAUGGCCAUCUAUGUCAACCCCUUUGGCGGAAGCCACUCAGAGAGCUGGUUCAUGCCUGUCAACGAGGGCAGCUUCCCAGACUGGGAAAGGACUAACGUGGAUGCCUCUGCCCAGUGCCAAAACUGGACACUCACUUUGGGCAACAAGUGGAAGACCUUCUUUGAAACAGUCCACGUCUAUUUGCGGAGCCGCAUCAAGUCUCUGGACGAUAGCUCCAACGAGACAAUCUACUACGAGCCCUUGGAGAUGACGGAUCCCUCCAAGAACCUGGGCUACAUGAAGAUCAACAGCCUGCAGGUCUUUGGCUACAGCCUGCCCUUUGAACCGGAUGCCAUUCGCGACCUUAUCCUGCAGCUGGACUACCCCUACACGCAGGGAUCGCAGGCUUCAGCCAUGCUGCAGCUGGUGGAGAUUCGGGACCGGGUGAACAGGCUGUCACCCCCUGGCAAAACCCGCCUCGACCUCUUCACCUGCCUGCUUCGCCACAGGCUCAAGCUGGCCAACAAUGAGGUGGCCAGGAUCCAGUCCUCCCUGCGGGCCUUCAAUGCGCGGCUGCCCAACGCGGUGGAGCAGGAGAUGGGCAAGCUGUGCAGCUAGCAGCUGGGCCGCUCGCAUCACAGAGUGAGAGGGCCUGGUGAAAAGACUCUCCUGGAAAAAAAAAAAAAAAAAAAAAGAAA